CAUCAUGAAAUACAAUGAAUUAUUACCACCAAAACAUGUACAAGGAAUGACUGUUCUCGAUAGAGACCAAUUUCGUAAGACCGUCUCGCUUCCUAUGCUGGAUUUAUCAUAAUAAUUUAACAUAAUACGCAGUGCACUGCCGGAUCUAAAAAAGUUUUCUCUCAAAAUUCGUCGACUAAAACCAGUGCAGGGAACACAAACUGUGCGAAAAAAACUGCUACUGCAACCGAUGGCUGUGAAGGCUUGGGACGGUAUACCUCUAGCAGUUCAAGAAGUCGGAAUAACCGAAGACAAUUUAACAUGGCGAGAGUAUGAAUUGACGUCCGAUAAUUGGAGUACGGAGGAAAUUUUAAAAUCGAUUCUACCAAUGGGAGAGUGUCAACUUCAACACACAUUGCCAUCAUAUGUUUAUGUCGGACACAUUAUUCAUUUUAAUCUAGCAGAACAUUUGUUACCGUAUAAGACGAUUAUCGGUGAAGUACUUUUGGAUAAACAGCCACACUGUCGAACAGUCACCAAUAAGUGCCAAAAGAUUAACGACACAUUUCGGAGUGCGCCAAUUGAAGUGUUGUGUGGAGAUCGUGACUGUAAAACUACAGAUAAAAAAAAUGGGAUCGAAUUUGAAUUCGACUUUUCGACAGUUUACUGGAAUCCCCGUUUAAAGGGGGAACACAACCGAAUUGUUAAACUAUUACGGCCCGGCGACGUUUUGUAUGACGUUUUCGCUGGUAUUGGUCCAUUCAGUGUUCCGGCUGGUCAAUCUAAAUGCACGGUUCUAGCUAAUGACCUGAAUCCCGAAUCGUUCAAAUGGCUACAAGCUAACAUCCGACGAAACAGGGUCACCAACUACGUUUCGGCUUUCAAUAAAGACGGCCGAGAAUUCAUUUGCAAUGAAAUCAAAAACGAUUUGGUUUCACGGUGGCGAAACAACGAACCGAAGGACUACAAAAUUCACAUAACAAUGAACCUGCCUGCAAUGGCUGUUGAUUUUUUAAAUUGUUUCUGUGGAUUGCUGAACGACAUCGACGAAGUCACUCAUCCGAUGUAUCCUCUGGUGCAUGUGUAUUGUUUCACGAAGGGUGAAAACACAUCGAACAUAGCACGGAAAUUGGUUGAAGAUAAUUUGGGACACGAAUUAGGUGACAAUUUGGAUGGAGUCCACUUUGUAAAACAAGUGGGGCUGGGGAGAAGAUACAUAUACCGCGUUUCCUUUUAUUUGACUCAUGAACUAUUAACUGCGAAGAAAGAACUGAAGCAGCUAGAAGCAUAA